AAAAUGCGCACAAAACUCACACGCUGGUGCACGUUAGCAGUCUAACCUGCUUCUCGAACGUUAAAUCUCACCUCUCCCAUCUCUCUCUCUCUCUCUCUCUCUCUCUCUCUCUCUCUCUCGACUCGUCAUUUAUAUGAAUGUUUCGCGGCGAUUUCAGAUUAAACACAAAACACACAGAAAGGAAGAAUAAUAACCUCCGUGACAAGAAUUACGAGGGGAAGAUUGGAGCGAAAGAGAAGCGAUUGAAAGAGGUUUUGAUGGUAUUUUCCGGUAAGAGAAGAGGCGGCGGAGAAAUAGAAACCGUGGAGGAAGAUAUGGAGAAAUUGAAGCCGUUGCACAAUUUCGAUUUGCCGUGCUUGAAGUGGGGGAAUCAGAAGCUCCUACGGUGCAUGAAGGUGGAUUCAAACGGAGAUGCGUCGGCCGUCGAUCGCAAGCAAUCGUCGGAGAGUGGUGGCGGCGGUGGCUCUGUAAUCGGAACACGACGAAGGGAUUCGGAAUUUGAGAGACGAUUUAGAUCGAGUGAUGAUCGUAAGAUGGAGAGUUAUUAUAAGUUUUCUUCCUCAGAGAAAAUGAAGGCGAGAACCGGAGCUGCCGGAGAUGGUGAGAUCGAGGCGACUAGAGAGAAGCUGAUGUUCGAUUUUCAGAAGGAGGUUGGUAAGAUGAAGGAUGCCAUUCUCAGAGAAGGUCUUGUUGUUCCGCCGCCGCCGGCGAUGACGUCUAAUUCUCCGGCGGAGAGGCCAUGGAAUUUGAGGACUAGACGAGCAGCGUGCAAGGCUCCGCCGUCUCCAUCGAACGGAGUCAACGGUAACGGUGAUGUUCUGAAACCUAAUUCUUCUCCGGUAAGAAACGAAUGCAAAUCUCCGAAACACCGGCCUAUCAUCGGAAUCGCCACCGCAACUACAAGUGCCGAGAAGAGAGACAGACCGAAGUUUUCCAUUUCCCUUUCCCGUCGUGAGUUGGAGGACGAUUUCAUGGCUAUGGCCGGUCGACGACUGCCGCGUAAGCCGAAGAAACGGCCACGGAUUGUUCAAAAACAAUUGGAUACUCUUUUCCCAGGAUUGUGGUUGUCGGAAAUAACUGCCGAUCUGUACAAAGUUCCCGACGAGAUCGAAACCGGAAAGAGGUAGCAUUAGGGAUAUGGUUGAUCACUAAUAAUUGGAUACUUGCUGCUUGAUUUCUUCUAAUUGGAAACUGAUCGGAAGGGUUCAAAUUUCCAGAUAAGAUCUUGGUGUAAACUUGGGUUUUAUGCUAAUUUUGAUUCUAAUGGCUAAAAACAUGUUCAUAAUUCAUAUAUGUGUUUUUUUUUUUUUUUUUAACGCUCUUGAUGUUCAUUGAAAUAAAACUGGAAUAAGUUUCACAUUAACAUUUCUUCUGAUCAAUCUUUCCAAAUUUGUGAUAAUUUGGGUAUCUCCAAGUUUUCUGAUUACAUUUAUCUUUCUUAAUUUCUGGGAAACAAUUGCAGUAAAGUGACACCAAAUUACAUCAUUGUACAUGGUCUGUUUUAAAGAUCAACCUCCAAGAUAAAAAAAAUAAAUAAAUAAAUAAAAACUUUUUAAAGCCAUAUAAGGUUUUAGAACUUGCUUACUUAUAGAUUCUUGAUACAUAUUCAUUAAUUACCCAAGAAUCAAACUUUCAUAAGUUCUUGAUGAGCAAAAAUGUUGGUUUUAUGUAACCAAAUUUAUUGUAUAUUCUUUAUAGUAUUUGGUACAUGGGAUGGGACAUGAAUGGAUUCGACAAGUUUUAUGAGGUUUAUUUUCGAUGAUGAUAUGGAUGUGAAGGGUAUUUAUGUAAUUUGAGAUAUAGAGGACAUUUAUGUCAUUAUGUUAUUUGCAUAGAGGGUAGCCCGUCUUGUUCCAUCUUUUUUGGUGUACCAAAAGUAUAAUAUUAACAUCUUUUAUAGUCUCACUCUAAUGCGAAUGUAAGUGAGACGCAUUACAAUGAUACUUUGUAUUUCGUAACAAAUAACAGUAAUUCUACGUUUGCAUGA